GGCUGGGCACCACCUGCGCGGCGCGGCGCGACCGGCUCCCCGCGCUCCCUCCGGGCGGCCUCGCCGGCCCUCUGCAGAGCUGGGGGGUUGGCCUCUGGGGGCUCUGGGUGUCCCCGACGCCGGGGAAGUUGGAAUAAAGGCAAGAAAACGUCACUAACAAAAUGAAGAUCCUACUAAUUAUAUUUGUCUUAAUCCUUUGGACUGAAACAUUGGCAGAUCAGAGUCCAGGGCCAGGCCCUGAGUAUGCAGAUGUCGUGUUUCUGGUGGACAGCUCCAAUCACCUGGGAACUAAGUCCUUGCCCUUUGUGAAAACGUUCAUCAGCAAAAUCAUCAGCAGCCUCCCCAUCGAGGCCCACAAGUACCGCGUGGCCCUGGCCCAGUACAGCGACCAGCUCCACAGUGAGUUCCAGCUGGGCACGUUCAAGAGCAGGAACCCCAUGCUGAACCACCUCAAGAAGAACUUCGGCUUCGUUGGUGGCUCCCUGCGCAUAGGCCAAGCCCUCCGGGAGGCCCACAGGACCUACUUCUCCAGGCCCGACAGCGGGAGGGACAAGAAGCAGUUUCCCCCGAUUCUGGUGGUCCUGGCUUCGGCCAAGUCCGAGGAUGACGUGGAGGAGGCCUCGAAGGCCCUGCGGGAAGACGGGGUGAGAAUCAUCUCCGUGGGGCUGCAGAGCGCGUCUGAGCAGGAGCUGAAGGCCAUGGCCACGGGGCAGUUUCAUUUCAACCUGCGGUCGGUCAGGGACCUUGGGGCGUUUGCCCCAAACAUGACCCAGAUCAUCAAGGAAGCCACCCAGUACAGGGAGGUAGCGGCCCUGGACGAUGUAAAAGUUCCUCUCCCAAUGGCCUGUCAGAGAGAUUCAUUAGCCGACCUCAUGUUCCUAGUGGAUGAGUCCGUUGGCACCAGACAAGAUUUAAGGAACUUGCAGAAUUUCCUGAGGAACAUUACUGCCUCCAUGGAUAUGAGGUACAACUGCACACGCCUUGGACUUAUGAGUUAUAGUGAUGGAGCCAAGACAAUUUCCCUUCUAAAUUCAAGCACAAGCCAGUAUGAAUUUCAGGAGCAAAUCCAGAAACUUUCUUUCCAGGCUGGAAAAUCCCAUGCUGGGGCUGCCAUUGAGAAGAUGAGGCUAGAAGCCUUCUCAGAGUCAAGUGGCAGCAGAAGGGCACAAGGAGUGCCUCAGAUCGCAGUCUUGGUCACUCACAGACCAUCAACUGAUGAGGUGCGUGAUGCUGCACUACAACUUCGGCUGCAGGAUGUGACUGUGUUUGCCAUGAACAUCCAAGGGGCUAAUGACACUCAGUUAGAAGAAAUAGUGUCUUACCCUCCGAGACAAAUGGUUUCCAUGCUCAAGUCCUAUGCAGACUUAGAAGCUUAUAGUAAUAACUUCCAGAAAAAGCUUCAGAAUGAAAUUUGGUCUCAAAUUUCUGCUCGUGCUGGGCAAAUGGACCUUGACAGAACUGGCUGUAUAGAUACAAAAGAAGCUGAUAUCUAUUUCCUCAUUGAUGGCUCAACCAGCAUAAAUACAGAAGGGUUUGAGCAAAUCAAGCAAUUUAUGUUGGCGGUGACAGGAAUGUUCAGCAUUGGCUCAGACAAAGUCCAAGCUGGAGCUGUGCAGUAUUCAGAUAAAAUAAGAGUGGAGUUUUAUAUCAAUGCCAGUUCUAAUGAUAUGGACUUAAGAAAGGCUAUUUUGAACAUUAAGCAACUCCAAGGAAAUACUCAUACUGGGAAAGCCCUGGAUUUCAUGCUGUCAAUAAUAAAGAAGGAUAGGAAGCAUAGGAUAAGCGAGAUUCCCUGUCACCUCAUUGUGCUGACUGAUGGGAAGUCCCAAGAUGAAGUGCUGAAGCCUGCUGAGAGAUUAAGGGAUGAACAAAUCACCGUUCAUGCAGUUGGCAUUGGGAAGGCUGAUAAAAUACAACUCCAACAAAUUGCUGGGGAAGAAGAAAGGGUUAACUUUGGGCAGAACUUCGAUUCUUUAAGAAACAUUAAAAAUGAAGUUGUUCACAGAAUCUGCACUGAAAAAGGAUGUGAAGACAUGAAGGCCGACAUCAUGUUUCUGGUGGACAGUUCUGGCAGCAUAGGACAUGACAAUUUUGGAAAAAUGAAAACCUUCAUGAAAAACCUAUUAGCAAAGAUUCAGAUUGGUCCAGACAGCACUCAGAUUGGUGUUGUUCAGUUCAGUGAUAUAAAUCAGGAAGAAUUCCAGCUUAAUAAAUACUUUACGCAAAAUGAGACUUCUGAUGCAAUAGACAGGAUGUCUCUCAUCAACAGAGGCACUUUGACUGGAAGUGCACUAACCUUUGUAGAUCAAUACUUCACCCCCACCAAGGGGGCCCGUACUAAGGUCAAAAAGUUUCUGAUCCUCAUCACGGAUGGAGAAGCCCAAGAUCCUGUGAGAGACCCUGCUAAAGCUCUUCGGGACAAAGGUGUGGUCAUCUUCUCUGUGGGGGUGUACGGUGCCAACAGGACACAGCUGGAGGAGAUCAGUGGGGAUAGCAGCCUGGUCUUCCAAGUUGAGAACUUUGAUGAUCUAAAGACAGUAGAAAGCAAACUCAUUUUUCGUGUAUGUGCUCUUCAUGAUUGUAAAAAUAUUAAAGUGUUGGACGUUGUGUUUGUGCUGGAUCAUUCAGGCAGCAUAGGCACACAAGAACAAGAAAGCAUGAUGAACCUAACUAUCCAUUUGGUGAAGAAAGCAGAUGUUGACAGUGACCGAGUUCGGGUUGGAGCUCUCAAAUACUCGGACUAUCCUGAGGUUCUUUUCUACCUUAGUGGAAAUAAAUCUGCAGUCAUUGAGCAUCUGAGGAGGCGCAGGUACACCGGAGGGGAUACCUAUACUGCCAGGGCUCUUGAGCACGCAAACGUAAUGUUCACAGAGGAAUAUGGCAGCCGCAUCCAGCAAAAUGUGAAGCAGAUGCUGAUCAUCAUCACCGAUGGGGUGUCCCAUGAUCGAGAUAACCUCAGUGACACAGCAUCGAAAUUAAGAAACAAAGGCAUCAAUAUCUACGCAGUGGGUGUAGGACAGGCCAACCAACUUGAACUUGAGACUAUGGCAGGGAAUAAAAGCAAUACUUUCCAUGUAGAUAAUUUCAGUAACCUGAAAGACAUUUACCUGCCUCUACAAGAAAAAAUGUGUACCAAUGCACAUGAGCCGUGUGACAUUCAAGAAGCUGAUGUGAUUUUCUUUUGUGAUGGCUCUGACAUGGUAUCCAAUUCUGAGUUUGCUACCAUGACAACUUUCGUGUCAGACUUAAUUGAUAAUUUUAACAUUCAGAAUCAGAGAAUAAAAAUUGGGUUGGCUCAAUUUGGGAGUCGCUUCCAAAAAAUUAUCGAGUUGAAAAACUCUCUGACUAUACAGGAAUUGAAGACUCAAAUUCAAACGAUCACCAAGAGCAAAGGGUUUCCACGAAUCGAUCUGGCCCUUAAAGAAGUGAAAGCUAUGUUUGAUUCAUCUUCUGGUGGGAGAAGAAAUGCUGGUGUCCCUCAAACUUUGGUUGUUCUCACAUCCGGGGAUCCCUACUAUGAUGUGGCGAAAGAAGUGAAGAACUUGAGAAGCCUCGGAAUUUGUGUCCUGGUUUGGGGCAUAGGAAAUGUUCAUAAGGAGCAAUUUCUGCCAAUAACAGGCAAUUCUGAAAAAAUAAUCACUCUCCAUAACUUUAAUAAAUUAAAUAAUGUGGAUGUGAAAAAAAGAAUGGUCCGUGAAAUCUGCCAGAGCUGUGGGAAAACGAAUUGCUUUAUGGACAUAGUGGUCGGGUUUGACAUUUCCACUCACUUGCCGGGGCAGCCGUUGUUCCAUGACCACCCCCGGCUGAGAUCCUACCUCCCAGACAUCUUAGAGGACAUCACUUCCAUCAGGAGGGUAAGCUGUGGGGCAGGCACAGAGGUACAGGUGAACGUGGCCUUCAAGGUGAACAAUGACCGAGAAUUCCCUGCCAAGUUCCAAAUCUACCAGAGAGCAAUGUUUGACAGCCUGCUGCAAGUCACCGUUGAUGGGCCAACUCAUCUGAAUGCACAGUUCUUGCUGUCACUGUGGGAUACAUUUGAGGCUAAAUCCAAAUCCCAAGGACAGGUGCUACUCAUCUUUUCAGAUGGUCUUGGGGGUGAAAGUGAGAUAAUGCUUGAAAAUCAAUCAGACAGGCUCAGAAAAGCAGGACUCGAUGCUCUGCUGGUGGUGUCCCUAAACACGACUGCCCAUGAUGAGUUUUCCAGCUUUGAAUUUGGAAAGGGAUUUGAUUACAGGACUCACUUGACCAUUGGCAUGAGAGAGCUGGGCAAGAAGCUAUCACAGUACCUGGGAAACAUUGCAGAGAAGACUUGCUGCUGCACAUUUUGCAAGUGUUCAGGGGCUCCAGGUCUUUAUGGGUCCCGAGGACUACGAGCCAUGAAGGGUUCUCCGGGCUUGAAAGGUACCAGAGGACACCGGGGAGAAGAUGGAGACCCCGGAAGACGAGGAGAUAUUGGACCCACAGGAAAUAGCGGGACUGCAGGAUGUCCAGGGGAGCAGGGUCAAAAGGGAGCCAAAGGAUUUUCUGGAAGUAAGGGAGAACAUGGAGAGGAUGGGAUUGAUGGACUGGAUGGGGAAGAGGGCAUUCAUGGAUUUCCUGGGGCAAAGGGAGAAAAAGGUGAUCCAGGAUCUCAGGGCAGUCCAGGUUCCAGAGGCCCCCCUGGGGGAUAUGGAGAGAAGGGCUUCCCAGGAGAUCCUGGUAAUCCAGGACAAAACAGUAACAUCAAAGGACAAAAGGGCUCCAAAGGAGAACAAGGAAGACAAGGUAGAACUGGACAGAAAGGGACACCAGGUGAUCCUAAUUCCAGAGGAAGUAGGGGAAGGGAAGGCCGAAGGGGGUCCCCAGGGGCCUUGGGGGAGCCGGGAAAUCCUGGACCUCAAGGUACCCAGGGAGCUGAUGGAUUACAAGGCCCACAGGGAUUAAAUGGAAUUCCUGGCAGGAAAGGAGAGAAGGGAAGCGAGGGGCAUAAAGGACCUCAGGGCUCUUCAGGGCCAGUGGGAGCUAAAGGGAAUGCUGGAAGUCCUGGGCCUCCAGGGAAAAAAGGAGAAUCUGGAAUUCUUGGAGAUCCAGGGCCAAUCGGGCAAGCUGGACAGAGAGGAAGACAGGGAGAUGAUGGCAUCCCAGGCUAUGGUCAUAUGGGACGAAAGGGCGUAAAGGGCCCAAGAGGAUUCACUGGAGAUAUGGGGCAAAAGGGUGAUGUUGGUGAUCCUGGAGUUCCUGGAGGUCCUGGACCCAAAGGAUAUAGGGGAUUAUCACUCACUGUUGGCCGGAAAGGUGAGGAGGGAUCUCCAGGACCCCCAGGCCCUCCUGGACGAAGAGGCAUGAAAGGCAUGGCAGGGAAGCCUGUAUAUUCUCAAUGUGAUCUGAUCCAGUUCAUGCGGGACCAUAGUCCCUGUUGGAAAGAAAAGUGUCCAGUGUACCCAACGGAGCUGGUAUUUGCCCUGGACCAGUCCAGUGGUGUCUCUGAACAGAGAUUUAAUGAAAUGAGAGACAUCAUCACGUCCAUUGUCAAUGACCUUAAAAUCAGGGAAAGUAACUGCCUUGUGGGAGCAAGAGUUGUUGUGGUUUCCUAUGACACAGGCACCAGCUACCUCAUCCGCUGGUCAGACUACCAUAGCAAGAAGCAGCUCCUCCAGCUUAUUUCCCAGAUAAAGUAUCGACCUCCCACAGAAGCCCAAGACAUUGGUAAUGCAAUGAGGUUUGUGGCCCGGAACAUUUUCAAGCGGACAUACGGGGGAGCCAAUGUGAGGAAAGUUGCUGUGUUUUUCAGCAGUGGACAAGCAGCCAGUCAGUCAUCCAUCAUCACAGCCACCAUGGAAUUUAAUGCCCUAGAUAUCAGUCCGGCAGUCUUUGCUUUUAGUGAAAGGAUUUUCCUUGAGGCUUUUGAGUUUGACAAUACUGGAACAUUCCAGGUGAUCCCAGUUUCUCCAAAUGGGAAGUAUGAGCCAUUAGAAAAAUUUCAACACUGUACACUUUGCUACGAUAAAUGUUUUCCAAAUGUUUGCAUCAAAGAGAUUUUUCUACCUGAAAAUUCAUACAUGGAUGUGGCUUUCCUCUUAGACAGUUCUCAGACUAUAGCAAAUGAUGAGUUUAAGGCUGUGAAAACCUUGGUGAGCUCUAUGAUUGACAACUUCAACAUUUCAUCAGAUCCAAGAAUCUCAGACUUAGGUGAUAGGAUUGCCUUGUUGAGCUAUUCUCCUUGGGAUACUUCUAGGAAAAAGAAGGGUGUGGUAAAAACAGAGUUUGGAUUUACAACUUAUAAUGACAGAGUCCUAAUGAAGAGGCAUAUCCAGACUUCCCUCCAACAGCUAAAAGGAGAAGCUACCAUUGGCCAUACCCUACUGUGGACUGUGGAGAACCUCUUCCCACAAACGCCCAACUUGAGAAAACACAAGGUCAUUUUUGUGAUCUUAGCUGGAGAGUAUCAUGAGAGAAAGGAAUUCUUGAAGAAGGUAGCUCUGAGGGCCAAGUGCCAAGGCUAUGUCAUAUUUGUGGUUUCCCUGGGCUUUACACAUAAGGAUGACAUGGAAGAGUUAGCCAGCUACCCACUUGAUCACCAUCUGAUACAGCUUGGGAGAAUUCAUAAACCAGAUCUGGAUUAUGUUACGAAGUUUGUAAAGCCACUUGUUUACUAUAUCAGACGCGGAUUCAAUCAGUAUCCACCACCAGUGCUUGAGAAUACCUGUAGACUCAUCAAUUCAGAAGAAGAAGAUAAUCAAAACAGUGAUCUCCUAUUUACUCCUGAGACACAUGAGUUUUCUUCAGGAGAGGACAGCUUCAUUGGCCAGGAAUUAAGUACUAAAACAGACACAUCUUUUGUGUGGGAGAAUGGUGGAAGUGCCCAUGUGGCUUACAUAAACGACAGGGUUAAGCCACAAGGAUUAAUGAUCACAUAUGAAAAAGGUCAGGAUUCUGAAGGAAUUGCAAGUUUUACUUCUGGACAUGAAAACCAUGGCAGAAAAGAAGAACCAGGUGUUAUUAAUAUACCUGGAGAUACCUCUCUUCAAGAAUAUUACAUGGAUGUGGCUUUCCUCAUAGAUGCUUCCCAAAGAAUAGGAAAUGAUGAGUUUAGGGAAGUGAAAGCUUUUCUUAUCUCAGUGCUUGAUUACUUUCACAUUGCCCCAGACCCACUGACCUCUAUGUUAGGAGACAGAGUGGCAGUCCUGAGCUAUUCUCCUCCAGGCUAUAUGCCGAACAGUGAAGAAUGCCCUGUCUACCUGGAAUUUGAUUUGAUUACUUACAACAGCAUAUACCAAAUGAAACAUCAUCUCCAAGACUCUUUUCAACAGCUCAAUGGAGAUGUUUUUAUUGGCCAUGCCCUGCAGUGGACAAUUGACAAUGUCUUUGUAGGAACUCCCAACCUGAGGAAAAACAAAGUUAUCUUUGUUAUAUCUGCUGGUGAAACCAAUCCCUUAGACAAGGAAGUCUUAAGAAAUGUAGCUCUGAGAGCCAAGUGUCAGGGCUAUACUAUAUUUGUGUUUUCCUUUGGUCCUAUACACAAUGACAAGGAAUUAGAAGAAUUAGCCAGCCACCCACUGGAUCAUCACUUAGUCCAGCUUGGCCGAACCCACAAGCCAGAUUUGAACUAUAUCACCAAGUUUGUCAAGCCAUUUGUUCAUUUAAUCAGACGUGCCGUCAACAAAUAUCCCCCUGCAGAUCUGAGACCCAAGUGUGUUAACAUCACUUCUCCCAACCCAGAGAACGUUGGCUCAGGAAACACUGUAGUCCUUAUUCCUGAGGUGUAUAAAAUAGAGACAGGAAACAGUGAGCUGUUUGGUGAAUUUGGUUCCCAGGAGCAUCAUUCCUUUGUAUUAGGGAACAAUCCUAGUAAUGGUUCUGAGACCGCUAUUGAUUUGAUCCAGAAGUUAUACAUGCUCUUUUCAACUGGAGAACUGGUGAUGAACGAUAAGGAAGAGGCACAUUCAGAAGAAAUGCCAGCUCUAGCAGAUGGUAAACAACAAGAUAAAAAAGAUGGUGAGGACACAAGAUGAUCAUAGCAAAAAAAGGAAGAUCGCUCUGUUGGCAAUGUGUGACUCCAUGUGGUUCUAGCCAGAAACUAUAAAUCAUCUGUUAGAAGUAGAGUGGUGAGGGGCAGAAAUUUUUUCAUGAAACCAAUUGGCUAGUAAUGUGCUAAAUUUGUGCUGUUUCAAGUCUGAAAGGGAGACUUUUGAGUGAAGACACCAACAAGCAGAACUGAGAAACUAGGAAUGAUUUCAUUUCUUCUGAGAAUUGGGAAAAAUGACCAGGAAAAGUUAACUGAAUUUUUUUCUUGACAGCUCUGUACAGUUCAAGCAGCAAUUCUGAUGAUAUAUCUGCUUAGAGAAUAUUUUUAUCAUAAUUUUCAUCACAUCUACAUCUCAAAUUGGGCAGUUGAAACAAAAGCGGUCAGAGUUAGAAUUUCCUAGGAAAGUCUCCUGUCUCUUCAUAGAAUGAGAAACUCAUGUUCAUCUCUUCAAUUCUGCUACAACCCUCAUGGUGGAUCCAGCCCUGAGUGCCCUGUGAAAUCCACCUGGCAAGCUGCUACCAGAAUGCUUGCUGUUUACCAGAACACUUGGAAAAUAAUGGAAUUCAUGAGAAAGAAAAAAGUGAGAGGAGGCUAAUUUUAUGAAUGGCUGUUUUCUGCUGUGAUCAUUUGUUUUACAUUUUAGCAUGCUUUGCUUUAUAUGUACUUGAUUUUUGCUGGGGAAAAGAAUUAUGGAAAAACAUAAAUAUUCUAUUUGACCAGAGCUGUUCUUGGGAAUUACAACGGAACAAGAGACAAGUUCUAAAAUAAAAGCAAGUCUGA